CCACCCCUGCAGUGACAGCUCUCACACCACCAGCUGUGCCUCUGAGCCCUGCACCUGCAGAGCCUCUCCCUGGGAGCACCCAUGCAGGCUCCAUGACCAAAGCAGCAGCACUGGGGGUCCCUGCCAGCCCCGAGACACCUCAGCAGAGGCCCAGGGCAGCCCCACCGACAUCAGCAGCCCCGGGCACCUGGAGGAGCACCUGGAGGAGCACCUGGAGGAGCACCCAGUCAGCAGCAUCCCUGCCUGGCAGUGUGACUGCCCAGAGCCCCACCGUGGCACCCCAGAGCACACCAGUCACACAGAGGAGCACCCAACUGGCCACAGCACCAGCUGCUAGCCCUGCCCAGACCCCCACCAUGGCUCUCCAAACCUCCCCGUGGCUGGACCAGCCCCCUGGUGCCACGAGUGCCCGACCUGCUGCGGUCAGUGCCACGCCAGUGCCUGCUCAGCACAUCCGAGCCACUGCCACGGCAGGAGGAAAACCCUACCUGCAGCUGGGGGAGGGAGACGUCCAGGAAAAGCAGGGAGCACAUCCCACCGCCCCAGCAAGAGCCGUGCCAAGCCCUGCUGCAGUCCCUGCUCCCACCACAGCCGCCCCCGGAGCCUCGGAACCCCCACGGGGGGGUGGCCAGAGCCAGCUCCAGCCCGGGCCACCUCCCCAGGGCACGGACAGGGGCAACACCCUGCACUCACCACAAACCGCAGCCCCGUGGGGAAGGGACAAGGACAGCUCUGCCCGUGCCUGGGCUGAACGGCGACAAGGUCAGGACACCACCAGCACCCCCAGUGCCGUCACCUCAGGCUCUGCCAGCAGAAACCGUUUCUCAGAGCCCAGAAUAGUGGGAGGGAAAUUGGCUGCUUACACUCUGCCGGCGAAUUCUGAUGCUUUUAUUCCUUGUGAAGCUACUGGGAACCCCCCUCCAACAAUACAGUGGACCAAGAUACCAUCAGGGCGCGGCCCCGCAGGUGCCCGCUGGGCAGUGCUGGCCAACGGGACGCUGUUCAUCGCCCGGGCGGGGCUGCAGGACGCGGGUCAGUACCUGUGCACGGCGGCCAACGCGCUCGGCGUGGCCCGGCUGCUGGUCACUCUGGCCGUGCUGGCCUCUCCGCCCCGCAUCGCCCGCGGCCCCCAGCGCCUGCUGACCGCGCACUCCGGCACCAGCGUGGCGCUGGCCUGCAGAGCCCAGGGCUGGCCGCCUCCCUCCAUCUCCUGGCUCCUGGCGAACGGCACCCGCCUGUCGCACUCCGCGUCCUCGGCGAGCGACAGAGCGCGCGUGGAGCCGGACGGCACGCUGGUCAUCCGGGCGGUCACUGUGUACGACCGGGGCCUCUACAGCUGCCGGGCCAGCAGCGCCGCGGGCUCGGACACGCUGGCCGUGAAGCUGCAGGUGGUGGCCGCCCCUCCCGGCAUCCUGGAGGAGAAGAGGCAGAGCGUGUCCGGGGCGCUGGGGGACAGCCUGCGGCUCCCCUGCACGGCGCAGGGCACCCCCGAGCCCGCGGUGCACUGGGUGCUGCCCGACGGCACCGCCCUGAGACCCCUGCAGCUGCUGCACCCCCGGCUCCUGGUGCUCCCCAACGGCACCCUGCACCUGGGCAGCCUGGCCCCCGCCGACAGCGGCACCUACGAGUGCAUCGCCACCAGCUCCACGGGCUCGGACAGGAGGGUGGUCAGCCUCGAGCUGCAGCGCACAGACACGCUCCCGAAAAUCGCCAUCGCCUCCCCACGGCUGACCCGGCUGAGCUUUGGGGACAGGCUGCUGCUGAACUGCACAGCCAGCGGGGAGCCCGAGCCCAGGAUAAUCUGGAGGCUGCCCUCCAAGGCUGUUGUGGACCAGUGGCACAGAAUGGGAAGUCGGAUCCACGUCUACCCCAACGGAUCCCUGGCUAUCGAGGCAGUUACAGAAAAGGACGCAGGUGAUUACCUGUGCGUCGCCAGGAACAGGAUCGGGGAUGAUCUGAUCCUGAUGAAAGUCGGCGUCACAAUGAAACCAGCCAAGAUCGAGCACAAACAGCAGUUCAAGAAACUGGUGCCAUACGGGAAGGAUUUCAGAGUGGACUGCAAGGCCUCGGGGUCGCCCACACCAGAGAUCUCGUGGGGCCUGCCGGACGGCACGGUGGUGAACAAUGCCAUGCUGGCUGAUGACAGCGGGCACAGGGCGCGCAGGCUCGUCCUCUUCGACAACGGCACUCUGUACCUCAACAAAGCCGGAGUGGCAGAGGGAGGAGAUUACACGUGCUACGCCCAGAACACCCUGGGGAGGGACGAGAUGAAGAUCCACGUCACGGUCGUUGUGGCAGCCCCUCAGAUAAAGCACAAUUACAAGACACACGUUACAGUGGCAGCUGGAGACACAGCCCUGCUGGACUGUGAAGCUGCUGGAGAGCCCAGGGCGCAGAUAUUCUGGCUGCUGCCUUCCAGUGAGAUGAUCUCCUCGUCCACAGACAGGCACUCCCUGCACGCCAAUGGCUCGCUGUCCAUCGGCCGGGCUGGCCUGCGGGAUGCUGGCGAGUACCUGUGCGUGGCUCGGAACGCUGGCGGGGACGACACCAAGCUGUACAAGCUGGACGUGGCUGCCAAACCCCCCACCAUAAACGGUGUGUCCAGGAACAAAACCAUCAUGAAGGUGACGGCGGUGAGGCACUCCAAGAAGCACAUCGACUGCCGGGCAGAAGGGACUCCUGCUCCUGAGAUUAUGUGGAUCAUGCCCGAUAACAUUUUCCUGACAGCCCCGUACUACGGGAGCAGGAUCGUGGUGCACAGGAACGGGACGCUCGAGAUCCGCAACAUCAGGCCCUCGGACACAGCAGAAUUCAUCUGUGUGGCACGCAACGCUGCGGGAGAGACUGUGCUGGUGGUGCAGCUGGAGGUCACAGAAAUGCUGCGGAGACCAAUGUUCAGAAACCCUUUCAACGAAAAAAUAAUAGCAAAACCCGGGAAAGCCAUCACCCUGAACUGUUCCGUGGAUGGAAACCCUCCCCCAGACAUCAGCUGGAUGCUGCCCAACGGCACGUGGUUUUCCAGCAGCAUCAGGACACCCCAGUUUGCCACGGGGAGCAACGGGACCCUGACCAUCGCCAGCCCCGAGGGGCGGCACGCCGGGCGCUACCGCUGCGCCGCCCGCAACCAGGUGGGCUACAUAGAAAAGCUGAUGGUGCUGGAGGUUGCCCAGAAGCCCAAAAUCCUGAGCCCUGCAGGGCUGGUGAAGGGUGUGAGCGGGGAGCCGCUGUCCCUUCACUGCCUGGCCGAGGGCAGCCCCAGGCCCAGCGUGGCGUGGGCGCUGCCCGGGGGCCGCGUCCUGGAGCGGCCGCAGGCCAGCGGGAGGCUGGUGCUGCUGGAGAACGGCACCCUGCUCAUCCGGGCAGCCUCUGCCCAGGACACGGGCAGCUACCUGUGCCGGGCCAGCAACGCUGCCGGGGACUCCUCGCUCAGCGUUGCCGUGGUGGUCUCAGCCUACGCCCCGCGCAUCGUGGGCAGAGCCCCCCCAGCCGUGCGCGCCCCGCCCGGGGCAGCGCUCCAGCUCCACUGCGCCGCGCUGGGCAUCCCCAAACCGGAGAUCUCCUGGGAGUUACCCGACGGCUCCGUGCUCUCCACGGCCCAGCAGGGCCGGGGCUCUGGGGGCCAGCUGCUGCACCCCACGGGCACCCUGCUCCUGCAGAGCGCCCGCGGCUCCAGCUCGGGGCUGUACAGGUGCACGGCCAGGAACGCCCUGGGCACCGACACUGCCCUCACCCACCUGCACGUCCUCUGAGGCACAACAGAG